AAACACAUUAUUUCAAUAUUAAAAAUUUAGAAAAAAAAAUUUAGUGUAGUUGUGCCACUAUCUCUUUAGUGUGAAACUAUAACUGCCACAUAUAGGAUUAUAGUAUCCCAUUGUAGAAGCCUAAAGAAGAAGAAAAAGAUAUGCACACGGAACCAAAGGGCUCUCUGGUGAAGAUAAUGCGAAGAUGGGUUUUAAGAAGAAGAAAAAGGUGACGAAGCUCUCAUCUUUCUGAUCAGAAUGGAGAAGCAUAGAGCCUUAGAAAUCAAGCUUGUUCUACUUCUUCACCGAAUUUCUUCCAUGAAAGAUGUUGAACAGGUGCAAGCUUUCAUCGCCAAAGCAGGUCUAGUGAAUUACCCUCCAUUGGUUGCCAAGCUCAUCUCCCUGACUUCCGUGUCGUCAUGGGGCUGUGUCUCUCAUGCUCAAUCCCUUUUCGAAGAAACGACUAUGGAUGAUACGUUGCUGUGUAAUACUAUGAUUAGAGCUUACUCCAGAAGUGUUUUCCCAAUAAGAGCUUUAUGCAUUUAUAAUCGUAUGCAAGAGUUAAAUCUUGGGUCGGACAAUUUCACCUUCAAUUUUGCUCUCAGGGCUUGCGCGAGAGCAAUGAAACGGUUUCAAGAAGAUUGUAGGUUUGAGUUAGCUAAGGGAGCUGAAAUUCACUGUCGGAUUUUGAAAUUGGGGUUUGAUCGCUAUUUAAAUAUUUUGAAUUCGUUGGUUUUUGCUUACUCGCAAUGUGGUCGUGUUGGUGUUGCACGGCAGGUGUUUGAUGAAAUGUCUGACAGAAGUGUUGCUUCUUGGAACAUCAUGAUAUCGGCUUAUGAUCAACUCGAUGAUUUCGAAUCGGCGGAUCACCUGUUUGCUUUAAUGCCUCAAAAGAAUGUUGUUUCUUGGAACACUUUGUUAUCAAGGACUGUUAGGUUGGGGAAGAUUGAGGCUGCAAAGGAGUUGUUUCAAGAGAUGCCUGAAAGGGAUGCUGUUUCUUGGAACUCCAUCAUAGCUGCUUAUGUUCAGGCCAAAAACUACGAUGGGGCGUUAAAUCUCUUCCGUGAAAUGCAAGAUUCUAAAGUGGAAGCUACAGAAGUAACACUUAUAUCAAUUUUGGGUGCUUGUGCCAAAACAGGGGCAUUGGAUAUCGGUACAGAAAUUCAUGUAUCAUUGGUAAAAAAGUGCUACAAGGUUGAAGGAUACCUUGGUAAUGCUCUGGUUGAUAUGUACGCUAAAUGCGGGAAGUUGAAUUCAGCUCGGGAAGUAUUCGAUGAGCUAAAAAUGAAACCUGUAAGUUGCUGGAAUGCUAUGAUUGUUGGUUUAGCUGUACAUGGUGGUUCUGAGGAAGCUUUGGAACUCUUUGCUGAAAUGGAAAAUAGACUUGAUGAAGUUAGGCCUAAUCGAGUUACAUUCAUCGGUGUUUUGAUUGCUUGCCGGCACAAGGGUUUGGUGGAAGAAGGACGCCAGUAUUUUGACCGUAUGAUCCAACAGUAUAAUAUCAAGCCUGAUAUCAAGCAUUACGGUUGUAUGAUUGAUCUUUUAAGCCGAUGGGGAUUUCUGUAUGAAGCUUAUGAAAUGAUCAAAACCAGAUCUGGCGAAACAAGCUCGGUAAUAUGGAGAACUUUGCUUGGUGCUUGUACUGUACACAGAAACAUGGACAUGGCUGAGAAAUGCUUCCAGCAGCUUGCCGAGUUGGAGCUUCUUAAGGAUGCAGAUUAUGUUUUGCUAUCGAACAUUUAUGCUGAAGCCGAAAGAUGGGAUGAUGUUGAGCGACUGAGAAAUGAAAUGGUUACUGCCGGGGUUGUGAAGAUACUUGGCUACAGCCAUAUAGGAGAAGGAAAUUUUAAAUAAACAGAAAAUGGGGUUUUAGUAACUCGAUAAGUUCCUUGGCCUUUACCUAUUUCAAACCCACUUAUAGCAAUCUGUAAACUGACUACUAUACUGCCGACACAAAACACUACCGUAAUCGUACGUGAAGCGUUGAAGGAGAAAACUAUUUCAGCCUUUUUUCGAACAUACAAAACCAUUGUAGAAUCUGUGUAUUGGUGAGCAAAGAAGCUGCGGAGAUGGAAAGUGGCUGGAAUAAGUGGAUUGAGAUGGAAGAGUAUGAUAAGCUUGACAAGUUUUCGGGAAUUGACUAAAGAAAGAUGAGGGUGGAUGGACUUGAUUCAAUGUAUGGGUUCUGUUUGGUUACGAUCAAGCUGGUCUCCAAUUUAUGAUGGAAGUAUAUAUUACAUUAGUGGAAAAUCAAAUUUAAAGAUGUUAAUUCUCUAGACAAUUCAAUUAGAGAUUCAAGGGGAUAUGUUUUGUUUACGUAAAGUGUGAAUGAAAUAAGGUAUACCUUUUAAGAGCUGUUUUUCAACCUACACAAUUUUUAUGUAAAGUGAACGAAAUAAGGUAUACUGUUUGUUUUGCAUGCAUUUGAAUAAUCUUGGGGGAGAUAAGUCAUCUUCCAGUUAAAAAAGAUUGAAACUUUAAGAAAAUAAUUAAACAUGAAGUGAUUACAAUUCAAA